AUGGCCUCAACAGAGGAAGCUGCCGCCAUGGCUGCGCUCCCUCUUGAGGAGCACAAGUCUGUCUGGGACGAGACGGAGCGCAAUUUCUGGGCUAAAAUUCGUCGCCAACGAGAAGCAGAGAAUAGCAAGGCAGAACAGGAGUAUCAGCAAUCGGUAACCGAAAUGCGAAUGAAGCUUAGUGAGCUUACGGGGCGGCGGACCGAGCUGACCGAGUCGCAAACCCGCCUGGCUCGAGAACUGGCAAAGGUCGAGGCCGAGCUGGCUCGUGUAUCUGAAGAAUGCGAGGAGAAGGCAGCUCGACUUGAGUGCAUCGAGCAGGAUCACCGAAAAUCACGACAAGCGCAGGCUGAAAGGCAGCAGGAGAUUUGGAGGACGAUGCGUCGGUUUUUCAAAGAGAAGAGAGGCGAGGAGCUGGGUUCCGAGGAUUCUGAGGACCCUGACGCGGAACAGUUUCUUCUUCCCGAGGAUAUGCCAGGCCUGUCCAUGACGAAUGGAGCCUCUACUCGACCAAACACCGCCGAUGGUCUCACGGAGGCGACAAGCGUUCAGCCCACUGAUGGAGAGAGCAUGGAAGGCAUUGAGCAUCACGAGAACAACACCGCCCGCGACACGCCCACGCCCGAUGCCAUCGUGGAUGUUGUCGAUGCUGACGGCAAUGUCAUUGGACCAGUGCAACGGAUUGAGCCCUGGAAUCAGUGGGUCGAGGGAAUCCAAGAACUUGAGAUCCUACGACCCGUCAAGAUUCGUCGAGGCCGCCGUUUCAACGACGCACAUCUCGCUAGUAUCUAUGAGCGAUCCGAGGCAAAGGGUGUCAAGUGGUUGGCUUGUAUGAUCCAAGCGACUGGAGAGAUUCAAACCAAGCGAUGCCAUUCAUGCGACAAGAAUCAAGGGGCAUUUGAUGAUUGCAUUAUCGUUGGAGGGGACCUGUUCCAGAAGUGCGGUAACUGCGAGUGGAAUCGCCAGGGCUGCCAUGAUGCUUCUGGAGAAACGAUUGACAUACUGGCUUCCAGAGAGCGGGCGCGACAACAAAAGGAGUCCAAGGAUGCACAGGCGAGAGUCUCACCCGAACCCGAGGCUCAGACACAGCGCGUUGAGGCUCAAGCAAGACCUGAACCUACGCCUCAACCUGAACCCCAGCCAGUUCACAGAGUCGAGGAACGAGCCAGACUUCCUUCACAUCGGCCAUCGCCUCAGCCUGUACCUCAACAGGCUCCUGAGCGAGUAUCUCAACAACCUUACGAACGAUCUCCCGAGCGACUACCUCACCGAGUUCCUGAACGAGCUCCUGAACAACUACCCGAACGAAUUCCUGAGCGACUACCCGAGCGGCUCCCUGAACGACUAUCCGAGCGACUGCCCGAGCGACUACCUGAACGACUGCCUGAGCGACUGCCUGAACGUCUUCCUGAACGCAUACCUGAACGAAUUCCUCCGCAGGGUCCCGAGCACCCUCGUGAACCAGCUCCUCAGCGAGUUAUUGAAAGAAUUGCAGGACCAGCCUCUGUACAAGUUCUGGAACGUGUUGUAGAGCCGGUUUACAGACCAGUCUACGAGCCUUCACCCGUGCCCUCCAGCCAGCCUACACCGGUGCCCAGACCUGAUCUUGCCCCUGAGCGCAUGAUAGAUCCUGUGGUAACGCCUCUACCGCCCAUCCAACUCCAACCUAGAUCAGAGGCUCCUCGUUCUGCUCUUCCUUCGCAUCCCCCCCGCUCCGUUCGCCCCGACAUUCUUCAGCCUACUACUGAGUUUGAUACCCCCGUGAAGGAUACCAGGGCCCACGACGGCUUCCAACCGGCACGCGAGCCAGAGCAGAUGCCGACACCUCAAGAGUAUCGAGUGACCCCUGGGUUCACCCCGGCCAACGUGAGAAGUCGACCUCCCUCGGCCGAAAAGGAACGACCAACACCAGCGUCCAUGCCAAUUGAGCCCUCACCUCAACCAACCGAGUCUCCUCCUUCCGAGGAAGCUUUGGAAGAGAUUUCACGCGAAAAUCUGGUUCUUAGACACAACGGAGAAUAUUACACAUAUCCCGAGUGUGUUGAAGGCGUGCCUCUGGCUAAGGUGGACGAAAAUCAUCCCUACUGGGAGUCUAACUGGCCUAACGUGAGAACACUGAUCGAGCCUCAACUGGCUCGAUGGCGCGAAAAGCACCAGGCUGCAAUCGAGGCCGGCCCCAAGCAAGAGAAGGGUGGAUCGUCAAAGUAUCAGAUUGGCAGACAGGUCAACCGUGGCAUCAAGAUCCUCGAGUUCCAUGAGACAGGCCCCAUCAGCCCAUAUCAGCUACUCAGCAAGAAGUACACUCAAUCAGGAAAGGGCGGUAUCACCUCCUACGACACACUGUUCCGUCUAUCAGAAACAAUGUCAGAACUGGAAAAGUUCAAACUUGACAUCGAACCUGUUGAGUGGAUGCGCCAGCGUCUCCAUGAGUUGAUCCUGGCCGAAGGACCCAGCUUUAACCUCCCCCGAACGGUUCAUGACUUCUACCAUGACCCGAAGCUGACUGCACUGCGAUAUAAGCAUGGUUUCAAGAACAUUGGAAGGCCUUCAGGGUUGAAAGCCCGUCAGAGCCAAGGUAGUCCCAGCAAUACACCCAAGCCCCUGAAGAAGCGCAAGAGCAUGCAUUCUGUCGUCAGCACGCCACGCGAGGCUUCCUUUGUCGAUCAGUCCCCUUUGGCUAGCCAGAUUCCUAUGGGCCCCGAAACCCCUUUCAGUACUCAUCUGAACAAGAAGCCCAAAUACUUGUCGCCUGUUGCGGGUCCGAUUCAUGACGAGUUUCACUCCGAUGCCUGGUCUGACACAGAUUCUUGCAGCGGUGGAGAAAUCACCAGGGAUGACUGGCGACUGUACCAAGUCAAGAACCGAUUCUUCACGAGCUCGACUACAGUCACUCAGUACUGGACCUGGCUCCAGUCAGCAGGUUGCUUUCAGCAUCAAGUCCUGAAGGACGUUAAGCCCGUUACUUGGGGGCUCUUCAAAGAUCACAUUGAUUUCCACGUUAACCUCGACGAGAUUGAGGAACUGGUCUGGAACAUUGAGGCGCUCCGCAUUCACAUUGUCAUGAAGAAGGUUAGCGCCAGUACGGAUGGGGAUAGAGGGCCUCGUGGAGACGUAAUGGCGUCUUUCAAGCGGGAUCGAACAAUGAGACGGUUCCUGUUCUUUUGCCGGGAGAGGGGAGUCAAGAUGCUGCGGCAGACAACCGAGGAAAUUGACCGUCGAUGGCAAAUGAUGAAUUCAGAGCUGCUUCAGGAUGCCCGCGGCGAGUCGAGCAAGGACUUGGUGGAUUAG